AUGGAUGAAUCGAUCAUGAAUCUUGGAAAGCGAUUCGUGGGUGAACAUGAUGAAUACAUCUUCGUAUGGGAUGAGUUCCAACUCUUUGUGAAGAAAUGGUUGAAGCAGGAGCAGGCAAGGGACAGACUCCGAUGGAACAAAUCGGACAACCUCACGCUCCCCGAUACCAUCCAGCUGCAUUUCAGUCGGCCGGCCAAUUUUUGGGAAUGGUUCUGGCACAAAGAAAAGAAACCAUCGGGCAUGACCAGGGUGGAUUUCAACCCAUUCUUCUUGAUCCCACCCACCUAUUUUGUGCGCCCCAUCGACCUGUCCCACGUGCCCCGGACCAAAUACUUUGUUCUCCCCAUCUACAUGCAGCAGGUCUGGUUCAAGAAUUCAACCCAUCUCUUCAAAUGCCACGAUCACAGGAGAUGGCGCCAGAUCUACAAGGACCUCGACGUUGCCAACAACGAUACAAGGAAGAAUGCGCCCAUCCUAUUGCACCGUUUUAGGAUCAUGCUGGAUAGACCCUAUGGCAUCUAUGCAAUCCAAAAAAAUCCAACCUAUAGCAGCACGACGGAUUCAUACCAUGCACCGGGCAAGAGAACGGCAUCCCAUGCAUUCAGGGGGAGGGCUAACCUCAGGGGGAAGGAAGAUCACAAGGAGGACAUCGAUGAUUGGUUGAAGGUAACCAAAUGGGGCUCAAGCCUAAAGGAUCCCAAGUACAUGACAAGGAGCAAGAUCGGGAGCCUGUUGCACGCUGCGCAGAGGCAGGAAAACAAUGACAUGAGGGUGUUGUACGCAUUCUGCCAGCACGUGGGGCUGCAGUUCGUCCUAGAUUUCUCGGAGUGA